AUGAUGAACAGUUUGAUAGGUGCAAGAAACAACCACCUCGACUUUAACAUUUUGUUUUAUCCUCAAUAUCAGGAUGAGCGUGGCCAAGUUGUAUGUUAUCCCGGCUCUGUAUUUGAAGGCAUUGUACAAGUCAAAGUAGGCGUUCCCAUACCUGUUCACCACAUCAAACUAGUAUUUAAAGCAUCUGAACGAGUCAACUAUGAUGCUAUGGGCUGGGAAAAGUCUAAAUUGACAGACGAUCGACUAUUCGCAGUACGCACUGUUUUGUGGGGAUUACCAACAGGUAUCGACAUCCCCGUGAGCGCAUGGCCUGUUUUAGAAGCAGGAGAACAUACGUUUCCUUUUGUGUGUCAAAUGCCAGUGAUCAACUUCCCACCGACGUUCCACCAUCACUUGAUUGCGACAGCCUUCAACAUGAUUGUGUCUUUAGAAAAGGCAAACGAACCCUCACCUAUUUUGUCCAAGCCAUUUCCAGUCUAUUUCCAACCUAUCAUUGAGACUGUUCCGAUAAAAAACUUGCAUGCUUUCACAGAAGAAACAAAGUUAACAAACCAUAUCACAGCACAUGUCUCUGUGCCUCGCUUAGCUUACAACAUCAACGAUAAAAACCAAUCUAUUCUGGUCACAGCCAACUUUCAAUCUGACCUUAGAGACGAACAAAGCUUAAACAUGUCUCAACUACGUGUUUAUAUCAAGCGAUAUUACAAUAUCAAUUACAAGACGUUUUCAAGAAACGAAGCCACCAUAAUCACACAUUAUGAUCAUCCUAAACUUCCUUCUUCUUGUCCUAGUACAGUGACCAUGAAGCUAAGCUUACCUGCCAAUCCCACGGAAUUACCUGCCACUUUAACUUAUUCGCCUCACCUGACUGUUGAAUACAAACUGGUCGUGGUUGCUAAAGUCCGUCAUGGUCCUAUUCAUGUCAAGAAAAAGCUGUUUGAUAUGCCCAUCAUGUUUGGCACAUUACCAGCGGGUACAAGAGCACCUCGGCAAUUGGAACCUUAUUCGGCAAUUGUUGAAAACCGAUCUACUAUAAAUUCAAAGCCUCAGUUUAUUCGACCUGAACCAAGGGGUCAAGGUGAAGAGGAAUUUUUGCCUCCUUACGAUAGCGAUAGUGUUCCACCAGCUUAUAAUAACCUGAUUAACGGUAGUCUCAGGACGGCUUCCUCACCAAGUUUGCGAAUUCAAAUUUGUUAG